AUGACCAUUGAUGAUGCUGAGCCCCAAGAAAGGAGAAAAUCUGCAGCGGCAAGACGGUCCAGAUUAGCUUUAUCUUCAAGUGAUUCGAUACAAGCAUUAUCUGACCAAGAACUAAAAGCACAAUUACAGGCUGUUUUGAAACUAGACGCAGAAAAUGAAGAUCAAGCAAACCAAACGCAAAAGAAAAAGAAGAAGGAACCAAAAAAAAACAAAUUUGUUUUGUCAGGAGACAAACGCACUAUAAGAACUGAUAAAAAAGCUUUUAUAGAAUCUUUGCCUAAAUUAGCUUGCGCUACAUUUUCUGCUAGAAUAGAUAAUACUGUAAGUGCUACAUCCAAUCUUUUGACCAACAAAAUUAGAAUGGACCCAGCUGGAUACAAGUUUAUGUUUGCGAGUAGAGAAAAUGCCUGGGCAUCAGGUGAAGAUAUAUCAGCAAAACCAGAAACUUGGACCAAAGAAUUCCCAAUCACAGUGAAAUCUGUGAAAUAUUAUGAUAUUUGCACUGCAUUUAAAGAUCUUCGAGUGGAUUUCUGGGACCUUGAUCAGGAAAAUAAUGAGUAA